AUGCGGCAGCGCCUCGAACAACGCCGCGGCUGCCUCAACGGCCUGCAGCCGCACCCCAUCGCUCGGGUCACGCGAGAGGGCGGUGAGUGCGUUGACAAGCUCCGCGCUGCGGCUGCCCAGCACCACCGCCAUGUGCUUGCCCAGCGCGAUACAGGCGGCGCGGCGCACCAUGAUCUCCUCGUCGUCGCACAGUGUGAGGAAGAGACUCAUCAGCUGCCCCCGCACCGCCACGCCCACGUGCGUGUACGCCGUGGCAACAAGGUACGCCGCGCUCGAGCGGCAUUGUGGCGUCGUCUUUCCGAGGCGUUGCACCAGGCUGACAAAGUCGCGCUGGGCUUGCGCGCCGGCGUCGCCUGUCUCACGGAAUAUGAGGCCGCCGACGGUGCGCAGCGACGUCACCGCCUCGUCGCGCACCGUAAUUUCAUCUAA